AUGUAUACAUUCUUUGGCCAACUUCAAUGUUAUUGGCCCGCAUAUCCAUUUGAAACAAGUGCGGACAAGUGUGGACAAGUCAGAUCUGACUUCUCAAUUACUACACAAAUACUACUCAAAUACUACACCAACAGACGAAGCAUCCAAGCAUCCAAGCAGUGUCACCGGGGCACCAUUGGUUUGAUCCUGAGAAGCGUGAAUCUGCAAGUUGCCUCUUACGAGGAAACCAAGAUGCACCCAUUGGUGUCGUUCAUUGGGACACGUCGUUGA